AUGGCCAACGCGAGUUCACCAAAACCACACAUUACGCCUAUGGUCCAGUAUGCAGACCUCCAUUUAUUCCAAAUGGAUUCAUCGACACCAUCUAUCCUAAUUCUUACGGUGAAGCCGGCAUCAUCUCCUGAACGGGGCUCUAACAAACGCCUGAAGGUCGCGAGGCGCUAUAGCCCCGGCAGAGUGUAUGAUGACGUCGUUACCUUACUCAAGAUCGAAAUCUACGAAGAAGACACCCGAGAGGAAUCGAAGGUGCAUAUGUAG